AUUUACAACCCGCCCAUUUCCAUCGCCGUGUCAACGUUAUUCAGUAUACCACCCUCUCAGCAUCACAUCAUCACCCUCCCUAUUCAAUAUGAAGCUCAUAAACAUUAUUCCCAUGCACCUGUUCCUGCAAAGCACACACGCUACAUUUCUGCCCAAAGAUGACCUUCCUAACAUUCCCAAAGACGUUCACGUUUUCUUUCCCGAGGAUCGCAUCAACUGGACCCGGUGCAAUUUGGGCAUUGAUGAAUACAAGAAAUAUCAAAAAGCUUUCGAGUGCGGUAAUCUAACUGUUCCUCUCGACUAUACCGACAAAUCCAGCAAAAACACUACGACAUUGAAUUUAAUCAAGCUCAGAGCCACCAAAACCCCGUUCAAAGGCAGCAUCAUCGUGAAUCCUGGUGGUCCCGGUGCUUCUGCACUCGACGCCGUUUUGACGCAAGGACAAGACAUGGCAAACAUCACUGGCGGAUUCUACCAUAUAAUUGGUUUUGAUCCACGUGGUACUGGCAAGACGAUGGUUCCGCUUGGUGAUGAAGGAUUUCCGAGGCAAAUGAUCAAAGAGCUCUUCUACACCUUUCAAAAUUCGUCAUAUUUCAUCACUCAACAAUUACUCAGCGAUGCUUUGGAUUAUACACGCACUAUUACGGAAUCCUUUGUCACGAAAGACGCGGAUCUUAGGAAGUUCCGUGGCACUUCAUUCGUCGCCAGGGACAUAGCGGAAAUUGCCAUGGCAUUGGGUGAAGGUAACAGCAUCAACUACUGGGGUACGUCGUACGGCACGGUCCUAGGCCAGGUUCUGGCUAGUAUGUUUCCUGACCGUAUUGAACGCAUGCUUCUCGAUAGCAAUCUGCUCGCCGACGACUAUGUCAAUAACCUCGCGCUCAACAGUACCAAGGAUGCCGAGAAGGCCUUGUAUCAUUUCUACGACGAGUGCAUGGCAGCCAAAAAUGAUUCAUGUCUCUCAGCUAACAAGCUUCCCAAGGGACCAGAUGACUUCCUCAAGGUCCUCAAUCAUGUCUUCAUGGUCUGCACAGGAGUUGGGGGUGGUUUACACAGCACUAAAUCACUCUGGCUGACUGGCUCGAUUUUACUCGCUCUCUACGAAGUUAAAGGAUACCUUUGGCUGGAUGAGCUGAUUGAUACAGCUUUGGAGGGCAAUCGUUCGAUGUGCUCCCAGGAAAUUGGUGACUGGGCAUCUCCAUGGAACCCUCAAUCCGAUCUUGCCCAUCUAGCGAUCUGGUGCAGUGACGCAAACGUUCGUGCUGAAACUAUUGAGGAAAUUAACUCUUUGUACGAAAGCGGUCAGGCUAAUAAUAACCCUUUCUUCACCCCGACCCUGCUUCAACGCUCGGCGUGUUUUCAAUGGAACACACACGCAGCUGAGCCGAUAAAUCUUACAAGCCUUGAAAGAGUCGAAACAAAGAACCCAAUCCUUCUCGUCAACGGUAAAUACGAUCCGGUGACUCCUUUGAAUCAUGCCCGGAAGAUAUCUGCCCGGUUUCCUGGAAGCCGGGUUGUUGUUCACGAAGGUGUUGGUCAUUGCUUCCGCGCCCAUCCUUCCAGUUGCACUCGAGAAAUUGUAGCCAGAUAUUUCAUCGAUGGAAAGUUGCCCCCAGCAGAGGCCACCUGCAAGCCGGACGUUGAUGCCUUUGAGAUUGUUGAGAUUAUACGUGAGGAAAGGGCAAAGGACGCCGGAAAUCAUAAGAUUCCGGUUUUCCUGUGGGUAGUGCUCGGUUUCUUGGGUUUUAUCUGCGUGUGUUUGUUUGUUUGUUUGUAUCGUUCGAAAUGAAACAAAGCUCCUGGGCUGAUAUAAAUUAGUAGAAUAGUAUUAAAAGUAUAUGACUAUUCCUUCUU